AUGGGAAAACGUGACAUCACACGUGUUGACGAGCAUAUAUCAGAAUAUCUUCAACAUCCUAUAUAUGGUUCAAGAAAUUUGCACACCAGACACUUACACCAAAUAGACUCAUAUGAUGCUAGGGUGGAAGAACAACUCAGAGAGAGCGGAUUCUAUCAUAUAUCUCAGAUUGGAAGGAUCAUGUCUCACGGUCCAACUAUAGACGCACUAGUUGAAAGGUGGCGGCCUGAGACGCACACAUUCCAUCUUCCACAUGGCGAGUGCACGAUUACGUUGGAGGACGUUGCCAUGAUUUUUGGACUCCGAACUCACGGCUUGCCAGUUACUGGAUCAACUGACCACAGCACAAGUGGGUUAGAAAAUGAGUGCAUGACCCAAUUUGGUAUUGCUCCUGGCCCGAACGACCAUAGAGGAAGCGGAGUCAAGCUAGCAUGGUUCCGCACCCUAAAGCGGCGCCAACAUUUGACUGACACAGUAAGUAGGGAAAUUUAUGUAAAAUGUCACAUAAUGUGUCUAUUUGGAACAACUUUAUUUAGUGACAAGUCUGGAGUCAGUGUGCACUGGAAGUAUUUGCCGUUGCUUCGUGACUUUUCUCAGAUUCACAAGUUUAGUUGGGGUUCAGCUUGCCUUGCACACAUGUAUCGAUCCUUAUGUCGGGCAUCUAGGUAUGAUUGCAAGGACAUUGAUGGUCCUAUGCCAUUGCUCCUUGUAUGGGCAUGGUUACGAAUGCCAUCAAUAGGACCACUGCCGAUGGAUACUAGCUUUCCACUUGCUCGCAGGUAA